AUGACACUACAUUUAUAUGCCAUGAAGAGCAAUACCUAUUUAAAAUUUCCUCUUUUUAACAGAAAAUUAAUAUGUAGGAAUAAGCUACAAAUAAUACCUUUUUGUAACAGCUUUGUCAAAUGUUGUAAUUACUCUACUUUAAAAAUUCCCAUUUAUCAUUUUAUCUUUACGAAAAAUGUUAGAAGUGAGUACAUAAUUUUCCAUCAUAGAUAUAAUAUGAGCAGGGAUUUUUUAAAAGGGGAUAGUAUAAUAAGAGAAAACAGAUUAAGUAUUAGUUAUAAUAAUAAAAUUUACAGUAAAUUAUCGAAGGAAAAUAUUUCAGAAAGUAAAGCUAAUAAAGAAGAGGUACAAAACGAAAAAAAGUUGAGUAAUAAAAAAGAGGAGGAAGAACACAGAAAUAAGAUAUAUAUGGAUGGAAAAAGCACAUAUAAUGUAAGGAAUAAAAUACUAAAUAGACAUGAAAAUAUAGAUUUGAGUAUACUAAAUAUAGAUGAAGAAAUUAUGAAUAACUUAAAAUAUAUAUUAAAAAUAGAUAAAUUGUAUAUGUAUCAAUAUAUAAUUUUUAACGAAAUUUUAGUAAAAAAUUCCAAACAUAUACUAGUCUACAACAAAACAGGAACAGGAAAGACGUUAAGCUAUUUAUUACCAUUAAUACAAAGAUUACUAAAUGAAAAAUUUCAUUGCAGCAAAAAGAUAUUAAUAUUGACGCAGAAUAUUUAUUUAUGCAAGCAGUUAUAUAUUUAUAUUUUAUCUAUUUAUCCCAAUUUAAAUGUGUGCAUUUUAUUUGAUGAUAAUGAUUCUUAUGGAAAACUGAAAGGCAGAAGACAUGAAAUAAUUGACAAAGAGUAUUCCAUAAAGAAUACAGAUGAGAAGAAUGAAGAUUUGUAUAAAGAAAAUUAUGGAAUACAUUUUUUUUUGUCUACUCCGAACAAACUGGAGUAUUAUAUAAAAAAUUACAAAAACAAAAAAAAAAAUGAAAAGAACGUUAUGAACAACAUUUUAAAUUGUGUUGAUACAAUUGUUGUUGAUGAGUUUGAUUAUAUAAUAGAAAAUAGAAAGUUAAUCUUCAAUUUUUUAUUUAAAAAAAAUGUAUUAGAUGAUAAAUAUAAGGAAAUAAGAAGUGGAGGAACGGAUAUUAAUUUUGAUAAGUUUAAUUAUGAAAAUUUUAACAUUUAUUUAUUUACAGCUAAUGUAAAUGAAUUAAUAAAGAGAAAAAUUAAUGAUCAUUUAAGUGGUUUUAUUUUUUUUGAUUUUAUUAAUGGCUUUAAAGAAAUUGUUCAAAAUAAAAUAAAUGUAGAAAGAUCAACUAUUUUUAAAAACUCAGAACAUAUAAUUCAACUAGUAAGUAAAGAGAAUAAGAGUUCAAGCUUAUGUAAUAUAAACAUUUCUCAUUUUAUAUGUAAAAUAAAUACACCGUCAAAAUAUAAGUAUGUGUCAUAUUUUUUAAAUGAGUUUUUUUUUUUAAAUAAAAAAAAAAAUCGCAACAAAUCCGAAGAAAGCGAAAUAUUUAAUGAUAUUAAUUGUGAAGAAAGGGAUAGUAAUAAAUUAAUUUUUGACUACAUGAACAGAAAUGACUGCGAUGAGUUAGAAAAUGAAGAGAAAAUAAACAAGUGCAUAAUUUUUGCAAACACAAAAGAAGAGGUGGAAAAGUUGCAUGAAAAUUCUUUUCUGAAACCCCAUUCUGUUAUGAUGCAUGCAGAAUUAUUAACGGAGCAGAAAAAUGAAAAUAUAAACUUAUUUAAAUUAGGGAAAAAAACUAUUCUUAUUACAACAGACAUAGUGAGUAGAGGAAUAGAUAUAGAUAAUGUAAUUUUCGUUCUGAAUUAUUCACCUCCGACGUCUCCAUAUGAUUAUGUACACAGAUCAGGAAGAACAGGAAGAGCAAAAGAGAAGGGAGUAUGUCUAACCAUGUACCAUAAAUAUGAAUAUAAGAGUAUGGAUAAAAUAAAGAAGUAUACAAAAAAUAACUUUCAGGUUAUUCUAUGUCCGCAUAUAGAAGAAGUAUUUAAAUUUUCUGUAGACACCUUAACAGAAACCAUAAUGAAAAUAGAACCAGAGAAAUAUGAAUUCCUUAAUAAUAAAUCAAAAGAAUUACUAAAAGAACAUGAUACAAAAAUUAUUGCUCAAAUACUAUCUGUUUUAUUAAAAUUUGACAGAAAAAGUUACAACGUUUCGCUGCUAUCAGGAAAAAAAAAUUACAUUGCCAUUUUAAUAAAGGAUCCAUUUUUUGAGGUAAUAAAAAACAAGGAUGACAUUAUUAAUUUUUUGAAAGCUACGACAGGGAUUAAAAACAUAUCAAAUAUUGUCGGAGAUACAGCAAAAUGCGAUGAAGGUUUUAUUGCAGAUAUUUGUAGCACGCAUGUAAAUAAAAUAAUAAAAUUAUUUAAGUCUUCCAAUUCUGAGUAUAAGAAAAAAAUGCUAGAUAUUAAUACAUUAAUUGAGUUACCUCCAAUAAUUAAUGAAAAAAAAAGUAUCAUAAGGAAAAAUAGAAAAAUACCAUGGAUCAAAUAUAAAUUACAGAAAAAGAAUAUUAUAGUUUUAGGCAGGAAAAUGGAAAAAUACAGAAGGAAACGAAGUGACGAAAUAAUAAAAGAUAUAAAUAGGAAAAUUUAG